AUAUCCCAGCUCCCAGGCGGCAAUAACAGCGCCUGGCAACGGCCGUACCAGGCUCCUCCCUAGAGGUGUUGUAACCUACCGAGGUACCACCCAGCUGUGUGCCAGGGCCUCUGUCACCCAAUAAAGUAAUAGCUCGGGGCGGGACCACAGCUCAAACUUGGUCCAGUGCUUUAGUUACUUCCUGAGGUGGGAGGUACCGGACCGCGGUUAUCUGACAAUACCCUGGCACAGGCUGUAAGUGCCGGGCCCGGCUGCCCCUGGUACCCAACCUGCUGAGGCAUUUCACCGGUGUUUCCUGUUAUCAGCGCCGGCAAUCUACUCCUCUGUUGGGCACAAUGUUGUGGUUUGAGGGCCUGGUCGCCUCGUUCAGCGCCUUGUUCGUGUUCAUGUUGGUGCUCACCCGCAGCCCCCUGCUCUCGUGCAUUCUGGUUUGCGCCUUCUUCUUGCUGCUGGUAACCACCAGGUACGAGCCUGUCCCGGAGGAACGGGCCCUGCAGGUGCUGAAGCCACAGGGACGGGUGGCGGUCAUCGCCCACAGAGGAGGAGGACACGAUGCUCCUGAGAACACACUGGCAGCCAUCAGAAUGGCGGCGAAAAAUGGUGCAACUGGUGUAGAACUGGAUUUGGAGUUCACCAGAGAUGGUAUCCCAAUUUUGAUGCACGAUGAAACGGUAGAACGGACAACGGAUGGCUCUGGUAGCUUGAGUGGCCUCUCAUAUUCAGAUAUUAGGAAACUCAAUGCUGCAGCCAAGCAUCGUUUGCGACAUGUGUAUCAAGAGGAAAAGGUUCCUUCAUUGGAUGAAGCCGUUACAGAAUGUAUCAACUUAAAUCUGACCAUUUACUUUGAUGUGAAAGGUCACGCAGACAAGGCUGCUGAAACAUUCCGAAAACUAUAUGUACAAUUCCCUCGCUUGUACAAUAGCAGCAUUGUGUGCUCAUUUGAACCAAGUGUUAUUUAUAAAAUGCGACAAGCGGAUAAAAAUGUAGUCACUGCUUUAACACACAGACCAUGGAGCCUUAGCCAUUUGGGCGAUGGAACACCGCGGUUCACCUCCACAUUUAAGCAUUACUGGUUCAUGUUCCUGGAUAUUUUAUUGGACUGGGCCUUACAUAAUAUCCUAUGGAACCUUUGUGGGAUCUCUGCUUUUUUGAUGCAGAAAAAUCGUAUCUCAAAAGAAUACGUGGAUAGCUGGAACUACAGAGGGGUGGAAGUCGUGGCUUGGACAAUCAACGAUGCCACUGAAAAGUUUUAUUAUGAAAACUUCCUUAAAUGUAACUAUAUCACUGACAGCUUGUUGGAAGAUUGUGACCCGCAUUAUUGAGCCACUUGGAAACACAGAAGAUUCACUUUUCUGGAUUUUUUUAGGCAGCAGCGCAUACUUCCGUCCAUCUAUUUAUAAAGUCUCAUACACAGAACAUUCAUCUCUUGAGUCACCUUUUUUAUGUCCAGUUCUUAGUACAAGGACAGCAGGAAAGUGUAAUCUACUAAUAUUUAGUAAAGGCAGGUGGUAUUGUUUGUUUGUAUAUCAUUUCUUUUACUACCCACAAACAGCAUCAACGUAAUGUCAGUAAUGAAAAGCUAAACAAUAAAAUAGGCAAUAAAGAAUGUCCUAAAAGGGACAUAAAACACAA